GACACGAUCGAUUAAUAACACGUUUACGGAAGCGUUCAUGAAUAGUUUUGCUUCAAGCUUCCACAGUUGCAACAUUUCAAUUUUCUAUUUGGUCUGUUCGAGAGACGGAGAAAGUGAAAAAAGAUUUGUGUUACGAUGUUGAAAUAUGUUGGUGUUUGGAUGAUGGCAUUGUGUGUAGUACGACUUAAUGGAACUUUUUCAAAUCUUGCUUUUCAAAAACCUGUCACCAUGAGUUCAGUGUUUGACGCUAACCACUUGGCAUCUGGUGCAGUGGACGGAAACAACGGGACCAAGUGGCUUUUGGACUUAUGUACAACAAUGAAACAUGGCGACAUGGAACCGUGGUGGAUGGUGGAUCUACGUGGGUACUUCCACAUACAUGACGUCAUCAUCACGAACUGCUACAGUUGGUGGCAGAAUUUAAACAGCUUUACCAUUGACGUAUUCACGGAGAAUCCAAUAGGCUGUGCACGCGCCACGCCAGUCCAGUGUUACAACCGCACCGACCCAGUGGGGCGUGCUGAGACUGUACAGUUUAAAUGUCACUCGCCCGUGACUGGUCGGUUCGUCCGUAUAAAGAAGUGGAGAAUGAGGACCAGUAAAACCCAACCGAUACUUUGUGAAGUUCAGGUUCUUGGCACAAGGGCGAACAG